AUGCUGUUCCUCGCUGUGCUGGGAGGCGCUGCCGUGCUCGAGGAUGCACAGUCGGAGCUGUCUGCCAUUCGGCAGCAGAAACAAGCAGUGGAUGCCGAGCUGAGCGGACUGGAGGCCAGGGCCACCCAGCUGCAGGCCAGCUGCGAGACGCUGCUGCACGACAAGUCCGGACUGCAAGAAGAGAACCGGGAGCUCCUGGAGCGGGCCGACCGCCUGCUGGAGCGUCAGAGCCUGCUGGAGGCGGCCGCUGAGUCCCUGAAGCUGGAGAACGGCACGCUGCUCCAGCAAUUUGACAGGCUGAAGCUCACCUAUGAGGAGGAGACCGCCGGCUUCCAGGCGGAGCUGGCGGCGCUGAAGACCCGCGUGGUCUCCAUGUUUGCCCAGUUCACGGCGGGGGACAUCAGCGCCGAGCAGCUGAUCGAGUACCUGUCGGCCAGCGGGGUGGGGCUGAGGGUGCACGGGGACGACACCGCGGCAUCCGACAGCAGCCUCACAGCCCGCCUCGACUCUGCACGCAGCCGGGAGGAGCGCGUGGAAUCGCUCAAGCAUGUGGAACUGGCGGUGGGCGAGGGCUGGGCUCACCAGGUCCGGCUGAUCAGCGGCGACACCACCCGCGCCCUCCGUCUCAUGGCAUCUGCUGGGCAUGCCGAGGACAGCCAAAGGUCUGCCAUUCCACGAGCACCUACGCGGAAGCUGGUCACCCCACCCAAGGCACGGGACGCCGAGUCGCGCUCCCAGACCACCUCCCCGGUGAAGCUGCCCCUUGCGCUGGGAACUGCAGGUGCCACCUCGGCAGCAAGCCCGGCGCGCAGGGUCCCGUCCGUCCCCUCCUCGGCUGACCAGGCUGGCGACGAGAACGUGGCGGCAAACGUCCGGCCAGACCCUGCCGCCCCGGUCCCCGCCAAGAAGAGGGGCCUGGUGUUCAUGCCAAAGAGGCGCACCACCAAACCCGCGCGGGCCUCGGUGGACGGGCCAUGCUUCCCUUCUGGAAAGCACGGCGUGCCCCUGCUGGCGCUGGACAGGGUGGGCAUCGAGGAGGACAUUGACGUUGGUCUGUCCGCUGGGCAGGGGCGCAGCAUCGUGGGCCUAUAG